AUGUAUCCGUUACCAAUAACGGCACUACUAAUGUCCACCUCGUCUUUUGAGGAUGAGAAGCAGCACGGCGAGAGGGUCGGCGUUCUCGACCCUUUGCCGCGAAUGGUGGACUCGGGCAAGUGUCUGCGGAGAGACUGUCGACGUCUCUUUCUCUCAACGGGCACGUGGCCACCCCGUAAGGCAAUCCUCUGUGGCGAGGAGAAGUUUCACACACUUCUGAGCCUCCUCAGCCACGCCGAGAAGUUCAGGCGCAGAGGCGGGGGUGUGCCGAGAAGUCUAAGCACAGAGGCGGCGGCAGCAGCGGAGGUGGGGGCGCGCAUCUUCCCCAGCGGGACCUACCUGCCCAGCUGCCUGGAGAGCCAGCAAGCCAUCCGCAACCAAGGUUACGGCACAGUGGCGUUUGAUGGAACUCCAAGUUAUGGACAUACUCCCUCUCACCAUGCAGCACAGUUUACAAACCACUCUUUUAAACAUGAGGACCCCAUCAGCCAACAGACAUCUCUAGGUGACCAACAGUAUUCGGUGCCUCCCCCAGUCUAUGGCUGCCACACUCCCACAGAUAGCCAGGCCUUACUCCUGAGGACCCCAUACAACAGCAGUGACAAUUUAUACCAAAUGACUUCACAGCUUGAAUGCAUGACAUGGAAUCAAAUGAACUUGGGAUCUGCACUUAAGGGCCACGCAGCAGGAUAUGAAAGUGACAGCCAUGCAGGUCCUAUGCUAUACAGCUGUGGGGCUCAAUAUAGAAUACAUACUCAUGGAGUCUUUAGAGGAAUACAAGAUAUGCGGAGAGUGCCAGGAGUAACUCCUACAAUUGUUAGAUCUGCAAGUGAAACAAAUGAGAAAAGGCCUUUCAUGUGUACAUACCCUGGCUGUAACAAGCGAUACUUUAAAUUGUCUCACCUGCAUAUGCACAGCAGAAAACACACUGGUGAGAAACCAUACCAGUGUGACUUUAAGGAUUGUGAAAGAAGGUUCUCUCGUUCAGAUCAACUCAAACGACACCAAAGACGACACACAGGUGUGAAACCCUUCCAGUGUAAAACUUGUCAGAGAAAGUUUUCCAGAUCUGAUCACCUGAAGACUCACACCAGGACUCAUACAGGUAAAACAAGUGAAAAGCCUUUCAGUUGCCGAUGGCCCAGCUGUCAAAAAAAAUUUGCCCGAUCUGAUGAAUUGGUCCGUCAUCAUAAUAUGCACAACAGGAACAUGACUAAACUUCAGCUUACCCUUUAG